GUCUUGGCCCAUAUAAAUGGCGGUUCAGGGGUGGGGGAAUUUCCGGGCGAAAAGGAGGUAGAAAAGCCAGGCGUGCUCUGUUUUUCCGGCGAGUUUUCAGGCCAAAUACGAUUCGGGAAAGAGGGCGGUUUGGGUUUUUCGGUUACUUUUCUGGUUUCUGGCUUUAAGGUAUUUAAAGGACUUGAAACCCAUAACGAUGGGUGCAGGUGGGCGCAUGGACCUCCCAGCUCCUAAAUCCACUGAUAGGGUCCCCUCUGCCAAACCGCCGUUCACUGUCGGCCAACUGAAAAAAGCCAUCCCCCCUCACUGUUUCAACCGAUCCAUACCACGCUCCUUCUCUUAUGUCGUCAUGGACCUCUCCAUCUCUUUCUCGCUUCUCUAUCUAACCCAAUUCAUCCCUCUCUUACCCUUGCCCCUCGCUCGCUUCAUGGCUUGGGCCCUUUACUGGGUUGUUCAAGGUUGUGUCUUAACCGGUGUUUGGGUCCUGGCCCACGAGUGUGGCCACCAUGCUUUCUCUGACUACUCAUGGUUAGAUGACUUGGUUGGCCUUGUUCUGCAUUCUGCACUCUUGGUGCCUUACUUCUCAUGGAAAUACAGCCACCGGCGCCACCACUCUAACACUGGUUCUUUGGAGAGAGAUGAGGUCUUUGUUCCCAAACCGAAAGCCCAACUUGCUUGGUUCUCUCCAUAUCUAAACAACCCACCUGGUCGAGUUAUGACAUUGUUUGUUUCUCUCACCAUGGGUUGGCCCCUGUAUUUGGCCUUCAAUGUAUCAGGCCGAGCUUACCCCCGUUUUGCUUGCCAUUUCGAUCCCUACGGCCCCAUCUAUUCAGACAGAGAGUGUACCCAAAUUUUCAUCUCUGAUCUCGGGAUCUUGGCCGCAUUGUAUGCCAUCUAUCGUGCCUCUUUUGCUUAUGGUUUCACCCAUGUCGUGUGCGUGUACGGUGUGCCCCUUUUGAUUGUGAACGGGUUCUUGGUCUUGAUCACUUUUCUGCAACAUACACAUCCAGCAUUGCCUCACUAUGAUGGGACGGAGUGGGAUUGGCUUCGAGGGGCUUUGGCCACAGUGGAUAGAGACUAUGGUAUAUUGAACACAGUGUUCCACCACAUCACCGACACACAUGUUGCACACCAUCUGUUCUCGACGAUGCCACACUACCAUGCAGAGGAGGCGACAAAGGCGAUAAAGCCAAUAUUGGGGGAGUACUAUAGAUAUGAUGCUACACCUUUUUAUAAGGCAAUGUACAGGGAGGCAAAGGAGUGUGUGUAUGUUGAGCCUGAUAAGAAGGGAGAGGGAGUCUUCUGGUACAAGAAUGAGUUUUGAGAGUGAGAGAAUAGAAUGGAAAUACUUAUUUCCUAUGUCGUGUGUGUUGCAGUAGUUGAUAGAAAGGGUGCAGUGAAGAAGUGAAACAGUUGCAGUUAGAAAGGAGGUUUAGUUCGUUCUCUCUCUCUAUCCUCUUGAGUUUUGACACAAAGACAUGAAAUAGAAAGAAUUGUGGUCCUCUCUCUAAACAGUGUGCGCAUUGGAGCUCUUUUAGUUGUGGUGUCUUUUGGUGCUUGUGUGAAGUCAAUGAGGUCUGUUUUUGUUCUUCAUACUUUUAAUGAGAGAAAAAAACAGCAAUUUCUUAUUAUUAUUUGUCCUUUUCCAUGCCUGUUUUUCCCAGAGGUCCCUUCCCUUUUUUUAUGUCUCGGUGGAAUAAAGAACAGAGCCACUUUAUUUGA